UUAUAAUUUGCAAAAAAAAGAAGAAUAGCAAGUGUGAUUUUGUAAAAAUAAAUUUCGGUCCUCUUGGAUUACCUGGACGAUGGCAGUGUCCUGCCCCGAAGUAAUGUACGGUGCUUAUUAUCCAUAUUUGUAUGGCCGUGCCGGACCAAGUCGUUCAUUUUAUCAAUAUGAAAGGUUUAAUCAGGAUCUAUACUCAUCAUCCGGUGUGCAAUUGGCCUCAUCCAGUGCUUCUGGCAGCUCGCAUUCACCCUGCAGUCCCAUAUUACCACCGGCGGUGAAUGCGAAUGCCGCCGCGGCAGCAGUAGCAGCGGCACACAACACAGCCGCCGCAGUGGUCGCCGUGGCAGCGCAAAGCGUAAAUCAAUCGGCGAGUAUAGCGGCAACGACAAAUCUGCAAUUGAGCGGCAGUGGAACGGUGGGCGGUGGUGGUGUGCCAGGUGGCGGAGGUGGUGGUGGUGGAAAUCUUAGUGGUGCUGGUGUUAGUGGUGGUAUUGGUAGUUCUGUGAUCGGCGGUGCUAGUGGCGUAGUACUUGGUGGCAGCGGCGGCGGCGGUGGUGGCGUUGGCGUUAACGUUGGCGGUGGCGGCAGUAGUAGCAUAGCGGUUAAUAAUGCGAUACAACAACAUAGUAGAGCGCAUACCAAAGAAGAAGAUCUGGGAGUGCCACGUAGUGAAGCUGAAGCACGCCUAGUGGGUUCACAUCACAACGAGUCCUCCUGUUCAUCAAGUCCUGAUUCACCUCGUCACAAUUUACAUGGAGCUCAGGCCAAGGAAAUGCCCCUACCACUGGAUACAUCGAAUGUCAAUGGUCAGGGCAGAGCACAAUAUUUAUCAGCCACCUGCGUCGUAUUCACAAACUAUUCCGGCGAUACGGCCAGUGUGGUGGAUGAGCACUUUUCGCGAGCGCUCAGUUUCAACAAUAAGGACAGCAAAGAAACGCAUAGUCCCAUGUCAGCCAGAAAUUUCCCACCUUCGUUUUGGAAUAGCAACUAUGUACAUCCAGUUCCCGCACCCACACAUCCGCAGGUUGGCGAUUUGUAUGCAUCGGACGGUGGCUAUGCAACCGAUCCAUGGGUGUCACAUGCAGCCGCCGCACAUUACGGUUCAUACGCGCACGCAGCACAUGCACAUGCCGCACAUGCGCACGCCUAUCAUCACAAUAUGGCGCAAUACGGUAGCCUGUUACGGCUGCCACAGCAAUAUAGCCACGGCACCAGAAAUUUCUCUCAUUGCAGACUGCAUCAUGACCAACAGACAGCGCAUGCGCUCGAAAGUGCGGCAGCUUACUCCAGUUACCCCACAAUGGCAGGCCUCGAUGCACAAGUACAGGAAUCAUCUAAGGAUCUUUAUUGGUUUUAAACUAAAGUUUUUAAUGUGAAAAUAAAGACAAAAUAACACACACACACGCACAUACCCAUACAAACUAAACUACGAAACCAAAAUAUGAAUAUUCACAAGCGAGAAAUGUUUUUUUUUUUUGUUUGACUCGCAAGCGAUAACAAAAAUACGCAUAUUUUUAUUGUUGGUUCAGCGUUAAAACAGUUCACGAAAUUUACAGUUGAUAAAAAACAUAGCCUAUCAAAGGAAAAAAUUUUUAAUUGAAAAAUGAAAAACAACACUAAAAAAUAAAACAACAACCAAUGUGCAAAUGUAUAUGUAAAAUUGCCUGUAUUGCCCGUACGGGUUUAUGUGUUAAUAGAAUUUUAAGCUAAGCAAACAAAAAAAAAA